GGCUGCCCGACAUCGGUGAACCACGAAGUUCUAUUUUGGGGUCUUUAAAAUGAGGCGCAGUGUUCGCUUAGCAGCCAGAGCCAUCGAAGAAGUUGUAUCUCAAAAUAAUAAAGCUCUGCAAACUUCAGGACAGGCAAUCACAAUAAACUUGAAGGAAAAAGAGGGAAAUUAUUCAAGGAAGGAAACGUCGAGUAAGAGUGAGACCCGAAAAUCUAAGGCAAGAAAACGGGCUCGAGCAAAAAGUUCCACGGAACAAGACCACAAUGAAAAGAAAGGAGGUUACCUGAUAAAAUCAGUAGCGGCUGAGGAAAAGGUCAAGCCAGAAAUUAAACGAGUGAAAACAGAGCCUGGCAUACAUGCGACCAUCAAGUCUGAAGACAAACUCAACUUCCAACCUCUCCAUGAAAAGCUGAUAGGAGCACAUGUCUCUAUCAGUGGUGGACUGCAUAACGCUGUAUCUGAAGCUCUAGCUAUUGGUGCUAAGGCAUUUGGAAUGUUUUUAAGGUCACAGCGUCAGUGGAUGAGUAAACCUCUUCAGGACAAAGAUGCAGAGCUAUUUAAAGAGGCUUGCUCGAAAGCCAACUUCUCGCCGCAUUCUAUUCUCCCACAUGGUAUAUAUUUAAUGAACUGUGGCUCUCCAGACGAGGAAACUCUCUCCAAGAGCCGUGCCACUCUGGUGGACGAACUGAAACGCUGUGAAAGGCUAGGUCUAUGCCUUUAUAAUUUCCAUCCUGGCUCUACGUGUGGCAAGAUUACAGUGGAAGAAUCCGUAGGCAGAAUAGCAGAAAGUAUUAAUCAGGCGCACGCAGAAACAAAAUAUGUUGUUACCGUCUUAGAAAACAUGAGCUGCCAAGGAAAUACUAUUGGUGGUAAAUUUGAAGAGCUGCGAGGUAUCAUUGACCAGGUCCAGGACAAGUCUCGUGUAGGGGUGUGUCUGGACACAUGUCAUGCCUUUGCUGCUGGGUAUGACAUUGCAUCAGAGAGAGGCUUUGAAAUAAUGAUGGAUGAAUUUGAGACAAUCGUUGGUCUCAAAUACCUGCGAGGUGUUCAUCUAAAUGACUCCAAGGGAGAUCUGGGAUGCCACUUAGAUAGGCAUGAAAAUAUUGGCAAAGGGAAGAUUGGGGUUGAGGCAUUUAGGCGUGUGAUGAGAGACCCUCGUUUUAAUGGUAUCCCAAUGAUUUUGGAAACACCAUAUGUUUCUGAAAAUAUUUAUCAAAAGGAGAUAAAGCAGCUGUAUGCUAUGAGUACAUAAAAGAAAGAUUCAAUCAAUAUGUAGCUCUUAUUUUGUUGUGUUUCAGUAUCCUCCUGCCAGUCCUUACGUAGAAAGGUUUUUUUAGUUUCUGUUUGUUCGUUUUUGAGUUAUCGAAGCACAGUCUUAAUGUUAUAUUGAUAUUCAUUAGAAUUUUAUGUUUGUUUGCUAGUUUACUUUUUGUCAUAUCUUUACUUUUUGUCAUAUCUUGAAUUAAACCUUUAGGAUUUUACAAGGAAUAUUUCUUGAGAUAAUUCUUUCUGCAUUGCUCUUAUAGACAAGGAAAUAUCCACUUUGAAUUUCACAGUGUCAUUUAAAUUACGUGAUAUGAUCUUUGUAAGGUCUUUCUUGAUCGAUAUUUCUCUUUGGAGUAUGAGGCUGCUUUCCAACCAUAAACAGAGAACCCUUAGCUGCUCCACUCUUAGUAUUUCAUAUAUUAGUUAGAGUAAUUUUCGAUCAAGCGCCGAAAG